CGUGAUUCUCCUGCAGCAUCGUCAUGGCAAUGGGCCAUUAAUCCAGUUCGAGUAUUGUGGUUGUUAAUGGCGACGGUGGCGGGAUUGACGGCGAUCUGGGCGCGUGGAGUCCAAGUACAUCGUCUACAAUACUACUUCCAGGAUUGUUCCUGGGAAGCUCAACGUUCAUUUGGUGGCUCAUACGCACGAUGAUGUUGGUUGGUUGAAGACUGUCGAUCAGUAUUACGUCGGUUCUAAUAAUUCCAUUCAGGGAGCUUGUGUUCAAAAUGUGCUUGACUCUAUUGUUCCCGCUCUAUUGGCCGAUAAGAACAGAAAGUUCAUUUACGUUGAACAGGCCUUUUUCCAGCGCUGGUGGAGGGACCAGAGUGAAGCAGUGCAGGAAACAGUUAGGCGGCUUGUGAACUCCGGGCAGCUAGAGUUAAUAAAUGGGGGUAUGUGCAUGCAUGAUGAGGCAGCCCCACAUUACAUUGACAUGAUUGAUCAGACGACUCUCGGACAUCGAUUCAUCAAACAAGAAUUUGAUAUCACCCCAAGAAUUGGUUGGCAGAUUGAUCCUUUUGGUCAUUCUGCUACUCAGGCAUACUUGCUUGGGGCUGAGGUUGGAUUUGAUUCCUUGUUCUUUGCACGAAUUGACUACCAAGAUAGAGCUAAAAGGAAAGAUGAUAAGAGCCUUGAAGUUAUCUGGCGAGGAUCGAAGAGUCUUGGUUCAUCUGCACAGAUAUUUGCUAGUGCAUUCCCUGAGAAUUAUGAACCUCCGAGUAAUUUCUAUUAUGAAGUUAAUGAUGAUUCUCCUAUUGUCCAGGAUAAUAUGGACUUGUUUGACUACAAUGUCCCUGAGCGCGUGAACGAGUUUGUAGCUGCUGCAUUAUCACAGGCUAACAUCACUCGUACAAACCAUGUCAUGUGGACUAUGGGGACAGAUUUCAAGUAUCAGUAUGCACAUACAUGGUUUAAGCAGAUGGACAAAUUUAUUCAUUACGUCAAUCAA